ACUGUUUCAAUCAUGGCGAUGGCAAUCUUUCAACAAAAAUUUAUUGAUAGAAACAAAUGUUGUUGACCAUCUAUUUCUAUCUUUUAACAGGCACUUAAUCCAUUUCACAUGAUAAAAAUCUCUACCUUGCCCCACCCCACUCGAAGAUCUUCAGUAGGAGAGAAUCGUUGACAUCUCUCUUUGUAGGUUGUUUCUACUGCUGUAAGUUAGUAUUAAAGUUACAAGUAUAAUUGAAUGGUAUUUGUAAGGACGCAAUUAUUCGAUCAUCAUGCCUCUAACUAGUACUAGACCAUCGCCAUACAAGUUGCCAUAGUUGUCAUGCAGCUACCGUACAAGUAGGGUCCAUUCUUUUAAUUGUAAGACUCACUCAAAAUGGGCGGUUCAGAAUCGAAGGUCUGUGAUGACUGCAGCGGUUGUUGUGCUGGUCGUGCUGAGAAGGGAGCAGGCGGAGCCGAAGCUGCAGCUGCAGGCGCGGUAUGAGUCUUUGGUUUACAGCGUUUCUUUUUUCAUACGUGAGCAGUCAAUUUUUAGCGUUCUGUGUAAAUGUAUACUUACGUUGUUUAGCGUUCUUCUAUGUAUAACGUACGUGUCAGUUAGUUUUCAACAAUUGACGGGUUUUUUGUUCUAAAGGUGGAAGAUUAAGAUUUUUCUUCGUUUUCUCCUCUAAAAUAAAUGGUUUCUUUUCUUCCUAGUCUGUCCUAUCAUCUAGUCGUAAUCAUGGUUUCUUUUUCUAGUCUCUCAAAGAAAGUCUCCGCUCUGCCUCUACAUUCAACGAUCGUUCCAGCUUACGUGAUCAAGCGACUAUUUCUUGGUACAACAUGAUAAUUCCGACUCCGACAUAUUUAGGUACAGAUGUCCUUCUCACUACAGUUCACUGGUUCUAAGAUCUGUUGACGGUUUGCUUCAUGAAAGUCGAAGACUUCCAACUCAGCUUAGCGCCUUCUCAAUCACUAACUAUCACAGAUGCCCUUAUCUCCGAUGAAUGCCGGUUCGACUCCACGAUCGCCUCCAAAAGUGACGCCACGUGAGGGUUCCUCCCUAGAUCGGACGAGACUGUUGAAUCUAAAAAACACAGUUGAAUCUUCCUUAACUGGUUUAACGACGGUUGCGGGAGAUACCUCAACGGACUUCGAUGACGAAGAUCAUAGCCAGCACUUGCCGCAAUUGAUUCUGCACCAUACCAGUGGGCAGCCUUUGGGCUGGGAUAGCAGGAGGACGUACCAAGAGUAUCUUCACAGUGGGGACACAUAUUAAGGCUCUCUUCUAUAUCUUCCGCUGGUCUGUCUUUUUUCUAGUUAGGUCGGCUCCACCACACAUAUUAAGGCUCCCUGCACAGACAACAUACUGUAUUACUCGAAAACUGAAAAUAACCGAGUUACUGACUGAAAUAAGGGAGGUAGCUUUGACAGGGCUACUCUUCCUUGUUCAGUAUCUCGCUUAUUUUCAGUAGUUACUCGCUUAUUUCAGUUUUUCGAAUAAUAUAUGUUCAUCCUUAUCUUUUUAAGAGACAUGAUUAGGAGCACCUUCUUUGUUGUGAGGACGUUUUCUUGAAGAGAAAAACUAGCACUUGUUCAAAGAAGAUGACCUGCUUGUUCAUUGACGUGUUUUCACCUAGUUUGCUAGGGCUUCCUUUCGUCCUAGUUAGUUGGAGUAUAUAACAAGCUCUAAGAUUACGGCAGGGAAUCGCGUGGCCCUUUACCCCCAUCGCCUUCCGGAGCUAGUGUCAAGCCAAGACAGGACUUUACAGAAACUCAGUAUAUGGUAGCAGACAUGGUCAUUCACGAACCGGGACUGGCCAAAGAAUGGGGCGUUGCGAGUGAGCAAACGAUAAGAUAUGCGCAUCCAAGUAUGAGACUAAGCAAGGACCAGAUUUGAGGUCUCACGGGUGGAACAUAUGGGUAGUUUCUUUGGGUAGUUUCUUUGGAACGAAACAAACAUUCCUAGAAAGAUGAAGAACUCUAGAAGUUUGAGUGCUUUUCUUAGAACGUACUACUAGCACAAAUUUUCUUUUCUUUGGGGUGGUUGGGUUAAAUGAUUCAUUGGCUUUAGAAAUGAAGAGACGAAAAGAUGAAUCGUGGUUGAAGAUUCAUCCAGCAUUUGGUAAGUUGCGACUGUGAGAACGAAGCAAAGGCAUCCUAUCCUACCAUAUCCUAUCCUAUCCUAAUGAAAACGAUACAGAAGGACUAACUGAAACUGAUGCCACUAACAAAAUCGUAUCAAUCUCCCCUAUAGCUGCUUGGUAAUGUCCUUAUAUUCAUGAUGUUGCAGCACUGUAUGUUGAAAAGAGAUGAUUCAACUUUCUUUUCAGAGGAUAUUCCAUCAAGCCCA